AUCUGCGUGCAGCCGGCCGCUCGGCGCUCAUGCCCGCUGUGUUCUCUGACUCCGGGAGGAUGGACGGUGUGUCGUUGGGUCUGGUUGCCACACCGGCCUCACCGCGUCCACCAUGUGCCACCGAUUCAGAAGAGGACACGGUGAAUGGAGGGAUGCACACCUUCAACCAGACGCACAUGAGGAAAGCGUUUCAGUUGAUGAACGACCUGAGGAGUAAAAAGAUGCUGUGUGACGUCCAGCUGGUAGCCGGGAGCGUCGAAGUGCCAGCUCACAGGGUGGUCUUGGCGUCCUGUAGCCCUUACUUCUGUGCCAUGUUCACGGGUGAUAUGAGUGAGAGUAAAGCUCAGCAGGUGGAGAUCAGAGAGGUGGACGGUCAGACUCUGAGAAAACUGGUCGACUAUAUUUACACAGCAGAGAUCGAGGUCACAGAGGACAACGUCCAGGUACUGUUGCCUGCAGCCAGCCUCCUCCAGCUGAUGGAUGUGCGUCAGGUUUGUUGCGAAUUCCUGCAAUCUCAGCUUCAUCCCACCAACUGCUUGGGCAUCAGAGCCUUUGCUGACCUGCAUACGUGCACACAGCUUCUCAACCAGGCUCACGUGUUCGAGGCGAUGAUAUCGUGGAUCAAACAUGAUAAACCAGCUCGUCUGGAAUACAUGCCCAAACUAAUGGAGCAUGUGAGACUUCCACUGCUUUCCAGAGAUUACCUGGUGCAGAUUGUAGAGGAAGAAGCUUUGAUAAAGAACAACAACACUUGUAAAGAUUUCCUCAUAGAAGCAAUGAAGUAUCACCUGUUGCCUGCUGACCAGCGUCACCUCAUAAAGACUGAUAGGACGCGACCACGAACUCCGAUCAGCAUCCCAAAGGUGAUGAUUGUAGUGGGUGGUCAGGCUCCCAAAGCCAUCCGCAGCGUGGAGUGUUACGACUUCCAGGAAGAUCGUUGGUACCAAGUGGCCGACCUGCCCUCUAGACGCUGCCGGGCAGGUGUGGUUUCCAUGGCGGGCCGAGUGUUUGCGGUUGGAGGUUUCAACAGUUCGCUGCGGGAGCGUACGGUGGACGUGUACGACGGCACAAGAGACCAGUGGAGCGCGGUGUCGAGCAUGCAGGAGAGACGCAGCACGCUGGGAGCCGCUGUGCUGGGCGAUUUACUGUAUGCUGUGGGAGGCUUUAACGGAAGCAUAGGUCUGUCAACAGUCGAGAUUUACAACUAUAAAACCAACGAGUGGACGUACGUCGCCUCCAUGAACACCAGACGCAGCAGCGUGGGUGUAGGGGUGGUUGAUGGUAAGAUGCUUUGUAAAAACAAUCUGAACAAAAUCAGAACUUGUUUUGUUAAAGUGCUUCAUUUGUGGUGAAUUUGCACUAUAUUUUGGGUUUUGGAGGAUUUCACUGUCACCGUCUCCUGAUAUUUAUUUAAAAAAUAUUUUUGUCCAGGUGUGGGUGUGUUGGGUGGUCAGCUGUAUGCAGCAGGAGGCCAUGACGGUCCUCUGGUGAGAAAGAGCGUGGAGGUGUACGACCCACAGACCAACACCUGGAGGCUGGUCUGCGACAUGAACAUGUGUCGACGAAACGCAGGUGUUUGUGCCAUUAACGGGCUGCUGUAUGUGAUUGGAGGAGAUGACGGGUCCUGCAAUCUGUCCUCUGUAGAGUUUUACAACCCAGCCACAGACAAGUGGAGCCUCAUUCCCACCAACAUGAGCAAUGGACGGAGUUAUGCUGGAGUCGCAGUGAUUGACAAGCUGUUAUGACGGCAUCGGCUCCACAUCAGCGAACUGAAGCUCAGCAAGCAAUCGGGAAAGUGGAACAAACAAGAGACGCCCUCAGUCUUCAGCUAACACGAUCGGAAAUGAUCUCAAUUUUUUAUAUUAUUUUUUUUAUAUUUUUUUAUUUUUAGGGGG